AUGGCGUUUGGAAUUUUUAAUAAAGAUAAAGAGGAAGAUUUAGUUACAAUGGUUAAAGAUAUUGUUGAACCAGAAGCUAUUCCUAAUGCAAACCAAUUAUCUGAAAAAUAUUACUAUAGAUAUCGUGAAAACCAUGGUGUUAAUUUAGGCUCUUGUUUUGUCCUUGAACCUUGGAUCUUUGAUAAUUUAUUUGACAAAGGUGGUAGUUGCGAAUUUGAUGCUAUUACAAAUUUGUCAAGAGCGAUUGGUGUGGAAGCUACAGCCCAAAGAUUGAAUCAACAUUAUUCUGAUUACAUUAAUAAAAUUGAUUGGAUCUUUCUAAAGAAUGUUGCAAAUAUCACCGCAUUAAGAGUUCCAAUUGGCUACUGGCAUGUUAAUAAUGGUUCAUUUUUAGGCGGUUUACCAUUUCAACCAUUACAAUCUGUUUACUCCAAGGCAAAGCCUUGGGAUCAACUAAGGAAUUUAAUUUCAAUUGCAAGUAAAUAUAGAAUUGGUAUUUUAAUUGAUAUACAUGGAUUGCCUGGAGGUGCAAACACAGAUUUCCAUAGCGGAUUUAAUAACCCUUCACCUUCUUUCUUUUCCAACGGAAACUAUGUGAAUGCUAUGACAGAGAAAAUCUUACCUUUCAUUGUUCAAAAUAUCUGUUCUCCAAAUAAUAAUGUAAUUGGUUUACAAAUUGUCAAUGAAUCAGUUUUCGACAACAAUGCUAAUGGCCAGAAAUUUUAUUACGCAAAAGCUGCUGUUGCAAUCCGUAAGGUUGACUCAUUUUUGCCAGUAAUUAUUUCUGAUGGAUGGUGGCCAGGUCAAUGGGGAGAUUGGUUACAGUUAACAAAGUUGUAUAAUACUGUCGUAGUUGAUACUCACGUCUACAGAUGCUACUCUGAUUCAGAUAAAUCAAAAAAUGCAGGCCAGAUCAUUAAUGAUUUGGCAGGCUCUGUUAAUCUCCCAAAUGACAGAGGUGAUUUUGUCGUUGGUGAAUUCUCAUGUGUUUUAGAUCAGAGCACAUGGAAUAAGACUCAAGGAAGUCGUUCUGAUUGGGUUAGAAAAUAUGGUAAUGCUCAAGUCUCUAUCUUUAGAAAGGAAGCAAGUUGGGGGUCUUUCUUUUGGACAUUAAAAUUUAGAUGGGGUGAUGGUGGUGAAUGGGGGUUUAUUCCAAUGACAAACCAAGGUUGUGUACCAAAAAGAUCCACCCAAGGUGUAAAUAUUGACGAUAAUAAGGUGAAUCAAAUAAUCCAACAGCACAUUUCUUAUUGGAAAGAUAAGGGAGGGGAAAAGAUGGAACAUUGGAGAUUCCAAGAUGCUAUUCGUGCAGCAGUGAAUGAUAUAAGAGCCUUUUCCUCCUUUGAUAAUUCACGUAUUGGUAGAUGGUACUCGUGGAAAGCUCAAAGAAGACAAGCAUAUAUACAAUCCAAAGGUGAUAGUGAAUAUAUGUGGGAAUGGGAUCAAGGUUAUCAACAAGGUCUAGACAACUUUAAUAGAUUUUAA